AACAACCACUGGAAUCAAAACAAAUCGCUCUUUUAUAAACCACAGUUGUUUUUUAGAAAUGAGUUCGACCAAAGUGAUUAGAGAACCCAACAACAUUUUCGCCGAAAAUAUCAAACCAGAUCGCAUACGACACGUUGUGAAUGUGACCAUAGAGACCGCCAAAGAAUUCCAUAAUUGCAACCAUUUGUACGUCCGUUAUGUCGUCGAUGCACCUGCAGAUUGGAUAUUAGCUGAACCUAAAAACCUACACGGUGUCACCCAUCAAUCGCGAGCUGGAAAUGAUUCCAGCAACCACUUUGGACACCGCUUCACGCUCGAUGUGUCAAAAUCUUGGCAGCACUCGUCGUCUUCGGAGACUCCUGAUCUCAUUCCAACUCCUUUACUGCUCCUGGAAGUUUACGACGUCAACAUGUGGAAUAGACAGAAAUCCGUGGGUUAUGGAUUCACGCACGUCCCGCUGACUCCCGGCUCCUACUCGAUUGCAAUUCCAACUUGGCGGCCUUACAUAACAGAGACCAGUCUUCAACUUCGAGAGUAUUUCUUGGGCCUGGCUCCACAAAUUGAAAACAUCAAGUACGCCGGAAUCCCUAACGAUAACCAUAAUAAUGAGUCACCGUCGGUCCUGGGACGCUUUCCAUUGGGCACAGAGACGUCGGGCUCGGUCCAGGUACGCUUUGAUACGAUGAUUCAGAGAGGCAGGAAUGUGCUGGAACAGGAGCAGAUCCGCGCAUCCAUCAACCUGCACAGGCCGUCGGCAACGAGCACCGCCGUCGAACAAGUGAUUCAAACCUACCACCGGGCCAAGCAAAGAUUAAAAGCUGCCCACGACGCACUUCUCGGAUGAACAAUAUAUAAAUUUUGUCCGUCAACAACUGGGCGACGGGCCAACAAAGAGGAGAAGAAGGUGGCGGAUUUGUAUUGUGUCCAAAAAUGAUACACGAACGUCUUGGAAAUUGUCUCCCUUUGAAGAUGGCCAAAUAAACUGCGUGAAAUAUUA